AUGAGGCCUUCUAAGAUAGUUCUUUGUUGGGUUCUUGAAAUGGGGUUCUUUGAAAUUGUGGAAAUUCAUCUCAAGGAAGGGUGGUGUGAUAUCGCAGGAUCAGUUGAAGAAAUUCAAGCCAAGUUGUUAAAAAGACAGGAGGCAGCAGCCAAACGCGAGAGAGCCAUGGCAUAUGCUUUGGCUCACCAGGGGGUCGCCAACUAUGCCGAAGAGAGAAGAAAGAGAAAAAAACCCAAAGCAGGAGAGAUGAAAAAUUUUAGGGUUACAGUCUUCGGAGCUCUGUGGCAGGCAGGAUCAAGACAGCAGGCAGCUCCCAGUGGGUUCGAACCAGAUAAAAGCAACUGGGGCUGGAACUGGUUGGAGAGAUGGAUGGCUGUCCGUCCAUGGGAAAACCGUUUUCUUGACAUUAAUCUUAGAGAUGGAGUAAUGCUUCGUGAGAAUGGAUCAGCAGAUGGAAAGAAUGGUACUCCGACUCAGUUAAAGCCCGCUGGCAAGAAACUCAUUUCUUCAAACCUUUACUCAAACCUUCCGAAUGAGAAAAUGGGUCCAUCUCAUUCAGAUGGCUGUGCCUCUUCUCCCAGCAAGUCCACAAGCAUACAAGAAGCAUCUGCCACAAUGUCUACCAAGCCAAAGUCCAAGCCAGUUCUUGAAGAUUUGGUCGAAGAAGCUACCUCCACCCCUGGUGUAGGUUCAAGAUCCCACAGUAAUCCCAAAGAGAGGGCAACAAUUUCAGAUAAGCAAGGAAAGAAGCGAUUUUCUCUUCCUAGUAGCGGACAAGGUCUUGGGCCUCAAACAGCCAGGCAACCUGGUAGAACUACUGUCAAAAAGUCACCUGGCGCACAGAAGCCCUUAAAGGAUAAAUCGAAGCUAAAUGGAACCGACCUAAAUGCUACAAAAUCUCUUCCGCAGGUUGUUGAUCAUUAG